UAGCGCACUGACUGAAGCUCAGUCGGAGCUCGAGUGUUGUCAAGGCUAUGGCGAUCAGCUACUACGAGAGCGUUUGGUUGUGAUUGCAGCUGCGCGCUCUCCAGUCCAUGCAAUCAGGUGGCAUUGUAAGGAGCUUUGUGCGGUGGUGGGAGCAUUUCGUCAGCCUUUCCGCGAUCUGGUUUGUAGCUGGCGCUGCGUGUUGGGAAGCUUUUGAGUAAAAUUUGGAAUCCAGAUGAGUUAAGAGGUUGUGACCUCUCUGGUGCAGAUCUGUCCUCGAUGUGUUUUGGUGAACUGGUUUCAGGGUCGAAUUCCAGGGCACAUUCUGGUGGAGACAUAUUGUAGCUGUUUAUCUUCGUUUUGGUGGUGUGUGCGACGAUUAGGUUUUCGCUUCAUCGGAAUUCCCAAUGUGGAUCGGGAAGGUUUCCGUGUUCUUGCUUCUUUUCUCGGUUUCAGUUGUAGAGUUAGUUUCCGCUGGGAAAAGUUACUAUGACAUUCUUCAAGUUUCGAGGCAGGCCUCAGACGACCAGAUUAAGCGUUCGUAUCGUAAGUUGGCUUUGAAGUUUCAUCCUGACAAAAAUCCUGGAAAUGAAGAAGCGACUAAGAAGUUUGCAGAGAUAAAUAAUGCGUAUGAGGUUCUUUCUGAUAAAGAGAAGCGAGGGAUUUAUGACCAGUACGGUGAGGAAGGGUUGAGAGAGCAUCAACAGGGGGGUGGCCGCGGUGGUGGAGGAUUUGGUCAAGAUAUUUUUUCACAAUUUUUUGGGGGAGGAUUUCGGUUUGGCGGCGAGGAGGAAGAGGAGGAAAGAACUCCUAAGGGAGAAGAUGUGUUGGUUGAAAUAUAUGCCACACUGGAAGAUCUCUACGUCGGAAAUUCAUACCAGGUAUGGAGGGAUAAGAACGUGGUGAAGCCCGCUUCUGGAAAGCGUAGAUGUAACUGCAAGAACAAAGUUGUUCAUCGACAGAUUGGACCUGGGAUGUAUCAACAGUACACAGAGCAGGUCUGUCAGGAGUGCCCCAACGUGAAGUUUGAGCGCGUUGGCCAAUUCUUAACGGUAGAUAUUGAGAAAGGAAUGCGGGAUGGCCAAGAAAUUAUCUUUUAUGAAGAUGGAGAACCUAUCAUUGAUGGAGAGCCUGGAGACCUGAAGUUCAUUGUUCGCACUAAACCUCACAGUCGAUUUCGUAGAGAGGGAAAUGAUCUUCAUGUAACAGUUACCUUAACACUUUUAGAAUCACUCGUGGGUUUCAAAAAAAAUAUCGAUCAUCUUGAUGGUCACAAAGUAGAUGUUGGAAGUAAUCUAGUUACGAAACCCAAAGAAGUUAGAAAAUUUCCAGGAGAAGGCAUGCCAUUGUUUGAAAGUAACAAGAAGGGCAACCUUUUUGUUACGUUUGAGGUCGUUUUUCCAUCAUCAUUGUCAGACGAGCAAAAGUCUGUUAUAUCAAAGACAUUAGGAUCCUAAUUAGGUUGCCAGUACUUGAUUCCAAUAGGUAAUGUGAACCAGUUUAUUUCUCUUGUGGUCAAGUAUUCCAUUUAUAGAACUUUGUAGAAAUCAAUUGAGCUCUUUUUUGUACCUGCAAAGUUAACCAUCUCAUUAAUACAAUGGUGGAAGUAGUUAAUUUGUUUUUGAACAUU